AUGGGCUUCAUAGCCGGCUUCAUCGGCGGCGUCACCCUCACCUCGUCCGCGCUCUAUCUCUCGACCCUCAUCCACCAGCGCAACCGCCUGCAGCAGUCCCUCUCCGUCCGCCAGUCGGCGCACCUGCUCAAGCAGAUCUACGACCCGGACCGCAUCUACACGCCGCCGUCGAUGCGCGAGCACACCGCCGGCAUAGAGGAUCUGGCCAAGGACAGGUGGAAUCGGGAGGUCGAGCGGGCGGUGCGGCGCGUGCAAGAGACGGACUGGCGCGAGGUGGGGCGCGAGGUCGAGGAGGCGGCGCUGGGGGCGUGGGAGAGGAUUAGGAAGAGUGGUGGUGGAGAGAAAUAA